AUGUGCAGUGUUAUUGUUGACGAAUCCCCUGGGAUCUCGCUCGAAUUCCUACUCGUCCGGAUGACUCGCCCCCUCUGUGCCGGGGCGCUCUGGCAGGCGGUACGCCAGCGGGACCAUCACCAUCGCGGAUUGCUUGUCGGAACUGAGACAAUCGUCAUAGUCAGCGCCGACGAUCUCCGUGCCGAGGGAAUUCAGCUGUCGCAUGGUCUAUCCUGGGAGAAAACGUGCGAGGACUUCGUCGAGAAACUGGGCUCAGUUGGGAAAUUGACAACUCUGGUGACCUGCCACCACCUCGUCUUCCUAUUCGGCUACGACGGUGUUAUUUACCAUCGUGGCCGCGAGGCGGGCAAGCCUACUUUAUUCUUUGAUCCGCUCUGCAUCGAGGGCGACUUCGCCCGGAGGAACCACGGCCACGUCCCCGGAGCGGUGGAGGCGUUCGUAGCGGGCUUUGCCCAAGGCCUCGGCAAAGCCUACAGACCAGCGAUCGAGCAUGACGACGCAAGGAUCAGGGCCUGUGUGGAAAUGGCAAUUGAGUCGGGAUUCUGGGCUGCGAGACGGCUCGUAUAUCAGGGCUUGUCGCUUGCGGCCUCCCCUGCGGCCACACCGGCCUCAGUGUACCGUACUGGAGAGAUCCUACGUGCCUGGGAUCCGCCUGGUGGACAACGGCUCUUGAAGUUUGCCAUCCCGGCAGAUAAGAUUGCCAGGGAAAGCGAGCCUAACUGGUCUGUGCUCGACAGUAUGGUUGGAGACGUCACAGAAGUCGCACGUCGUAUCGUCACCAACGGGCCAGAGGCGCCCGGCAACCAGGUGCCACAGGCGCGCUUCGGCCGGCUUGUUUUGUUCGACCGGCACGAGAUCGAGACAUUUCGCACCAUCUUUAGCCUGAUACAGCAAUAUGUCUCCAACCCCAAGAGGGAGAGCCCGCCGCUCAACAUCGCGCUCUGUGGGCUCAGGGGGUUGGGGAGAGCGUACGCAGCAAUGCAGGUGGCUGAGAGCGCGACGAGGGGAUGUAACGUGAGGCAGCUCCAAUUCGACCUUGGGAAGUUCAUCUCGGCCACCGAUCUCACUGCCGCCUUCUACAGCAUACGGGACUGCGCCGUAUCGCCCGAGGGACCGACGCCCCUGGUAUACUUUGAUGGGUUUGACACGAGUCCGCCCGGUUCUGCUGGGUCGCUGUUCGGUUGGCUCCCGUAUCUUGCGCCGGUGAUCCUUGAUGGCGUGUUUUCCGAUGGCGGCGUGGCCAGGCACAUAGGACGCGCUGUCUUCUUCUUCAGCACAAGCGCGGUACGGACGUAUUCCGAACUAAAGCGCCGAGCUGACGGCGACACGCACAUAUCUGCUGGGGUGCGGAGCUUUCUUGGUUGUCUGCAUGGCUCCGUCGAUGUCCUCGGGCCUAACCGCCUCAAUGCGGCGGAUAGGCUCUACCCUGUGAGACGAGCCGCCCUCCUCCGGGCCCUGCUAGAAGAGAAAGAGCCGAAGCUGUUGGCAAACCGGAAGCUCAAAAUCGAUGAUGGCGCUCUCACUGGCUUGCUUCUCGUCCCUAGCUACCGGCAGGGCAUCAGGUCGAUCCGUUCGAUCAUCGCUAUGAGCAGGCUCGGGGGGCGCCAGAGCUUUGAGCUCGCCGCCCUUCCGCCCCGGACACAGCUCAACAUUCAUGUCGACCACGACGAGCUUUUGCGUCAUAUGGGCGGGAUGCCUAUUCCUCGCGAGCACCGAGAGGAAGUCGCGAGGGGUAUCCACAACGCUUACAACAAGUCCAUAGACGCUAUGCCUGAUGGAACGGCAAACAAGCCGUCUCCUGAGCCGUGGGAGGAGCUUGAUGAGGAGAAGAGGGAGUCGUCCCGGGCGCACGCCGAUUCCAUCCCGUAUAAGCUACGCCUUAUCGGGUGCUUCCUCUCGCCGGAGCAGGAAAGUCGCGAAGUCGUUAGAGAAUUUUCCACUAAGGACGUCGAGCGGCUGGCCGUAAAUGAACACGACCGCUGCCCGUUUCUCGUGCCCUGGUCCGAAAUGGAGGAGCACUGGCGGAAUGUAGAUCGCGACAUUGUGAGGAGCUAUCCGGAAAUUCUUGCUCCACGCGGACUCAUGAUCUACAAAACGGAGGGGAUGACUGAAUAG